CUAGCAAAAGUGGCCAUGGCCAGAAGCUUCAACUCAUUAGCGCCGGUGCUCAUCACCUUUAGCUGCUUCCUCUGCUUGUUGGGCUGCUACUACGUCAUCUCUUCUUCUUCCCAGGCUUCCUCCGAUGGCUUCCUUGGAUGCCUCACGGACAACAAUGUCCCGGUGUUCACGCAGAGCUCCCAUUUCUUCAUGCCGCUGCUCAACGCCUCCAUCAGGAAUCCAAAGUUUUUUGUGAAUACCACCGUGAGGCCGCUCUACAUUGUCAUGCCGACAACCACCCCUCACGUGCAGGCCGCCGUGCGCUGCGGCAGUGGAAACAAUAUGUCCAUCCGCGUGCGCAGCGGUGGGCACGACUACGAGGGCCUGUCGUACCGGUCUGUGGAUGCUGGGGGCUUUGCCAUGCUCGACAUGUCAGAGCUACGCACCAUCGUCGUGGACAACCAGACAUCAACGGCGUGGGUGGAGUCGGGCGCCACGCUCGGAGAGCUCUACUACAAGAUCGGGAAUGACAGCAACAUGCUGGGGUUCCCGGCUGGUGUGUGCCCGACCGUCGGCAUCGGAGGCCAUUUCAGUGGCGGCGGCUUCGGCAUGAUGAUGCGCAAGUACGGGCUGUCCAUCGACAACAUCAUCAACGCCGAGCUGGUGGAUGCCAAGGGGAGGCUCCUAAACAAAACCACCAUGGGAGAGGACGUCUUCUGGGCCAUCCGAGGCGGUGGCGGCGGGAGUUUCGGUGUCGUUGUGAAGUGGCAGGUGACCCUCAUACCAGUCCCACCCUCCGUAACGGUUUUCAACGUCUCAGUGUCCCUCGGUCAGGGCGCGGUGGACGUCGUCACCAAGUGGCAGCAGGUUGCGCCGACCAUGCCACGCGACCUGUUCAUCAGGGUGCUCAUAAAGAAUAAGAGGGCUGACUUCCAGGCCUUGUUCCUUGGCACAUGCGAGGCGCUCCUACCGGUGAUGAACAAAAACUUUCCAGAGCUGAGGUUCAACCGCUCCGACUGUCGGGAGAUGACCUGGCUUCAGUCUGCACCCUACAUCUACCUCGGCAAAGACUCCUCCGUGGAGGACCUACUGAAGCGGAACACCUCCACGUUCUUCUCCACCUACGGCUUCAAGGCGACGACCGACUACGUCCGGGAGGAGAAGCCCAUUCCCCGGGACGUGUGGGCCGGUAUCUUCCACAAGCUUGCGCAACCCGAGGCACGGGACGCACGCGUGAUCCUAGACCCCUACGGUGGGUUUAUGAGCGACGUGCCGGACUCGGCGACGCCAUUCCCGCACCGCGCCGGUGUGUUGUACAGUAUCCAGUUCUACAACUACUGGCCGGUUUAUAGGGAAAGUGGGGAAAUGCAGAUCAACUGGAUCAAAGACGUAUACGCGUUCAUGGCGCCUUACGUGAGCUCCAACCCAAGGGAGGCCUACUUCAACUGUAGGGACCUGGAUCUCGGAACCAACUGGGGGGCGAAAUAUUUCAUGGGUAACUACCAGAAGCUCACCAAGGCCAAGGGUGAGAUCGACCCCCUCGAAUACUUCCGCAACGAGCAAAGCAUCCCGCUACAAGGCAAUAUCACCAAAAUGCGUGCAUCGCCUGAUGAUGACGCUGAGGCUGGUGAUGGUGGCUCUGCAUCCUCCUAUUGAAUAAGCAAUGUGAUCGGCAAAAUAACGCGCCUAUAUAUGCAUCAGAGGACAAAUUUAG